AUUCCUUCUAAUCAGGCUCACCCUCAGCGGUACAUAGUUAGUCCCCCUCACCCCAGCUCUGACCCCUGUCGUUGUACGGUACGACAAGCCAUUCAUCCACAGCCCAAGCUCUGUCUCUGUCUCUCAAACCGGUUUCAAAACGCGUUCCUGAAGUACCCCGGUCACGGACAUUCCUCUUCCUUCUCUCUUUUUCUCAUCCACUAUCUUCUAUCCCACUCUUUCUCUUCUCUCUUUUCUUCCAUCCUCGCGUCAUACAUCUCCCUUUGCUCUCACUUCUCAACAUCUCGAUACCUCGUGUUUGCAGACUGACGUAGAGGCCAGCGGCCAUUUUCAUUCUUUGACACCAUGUGUGGAAUCUUUGCAUACUGCUCCUAUCUCGUCGAGAAAGAUCGCAAGUAUGUCUGUGAAGUGUUAUGCAAUGGUCUUUCUCGAUUAGAAUACCGUGGUUAUGACAGUGCUGGUAUUGGUAUCGACGGCGAUACUCCUACAUCCCCAAUCAUCCUCUUCAAAGAAGUUGGCAAGGUCGCCGCAUUGCGCAAGCAUAUCGCGGAAGGCAUCCCCACCCCUGCUCCCUCCCCUGACAAUGUCGCUGUCAACGGAAGUGCAAAGCACGUCGACAUGAGCAAGGUCUUCCUCUCGCAAACCUCCAUGGCACACACUCGAUGGGCGACUCAUGGUGUUCCAAACCCUCUCAACUGUCACCCCCACGUCAGCGACCCCAUGACCGAGUUUAGUCUAGUGCACAAUGGUAUCAUCACAAACUACAAGGAACUCAAGCAAGUUUUACAAAAGCGCGGAUAUGUCUUCUACACCGAUACCGAUACGGAAGCAGUUGUCGUUCUGUGCAAAUACGUAUGGGACAGCCAACCUCAUCGCCGUCUCAGCUUCACCGAGCUCAUCAAAGCUGUCCUGAAGGAGCUCGAAGGCUCAUUCGCGUUCGUUUUCAAAUCUACCCACUUCCCUGAUGAAAUCUUGGCCUGCCGACGAGGAUCCCCUCUCCUUAUCGGUGUCAAGACCGACCGCAAGCUGAAAGUCGACUUUGUUGAUGUCGAAUUGGCAACGGACGAGAGAAUCGUGGACGAGCACCCUAAUGGCCUUCUUGCUGUACCCCCUGGUGCGGCUGAACGAGUUGGUCCUCACGGGGCCAAGCUUCGUCGAUCUCAAUCCCGCGCCUUCCUUUCAGAUGACGGCAUGCCACAGCCUAUCGAAUUCUUUGUCGCUUCGGACGCUAGUGCAGUAAUCGAGCACACCAAACGUGUUCUCUACCUCGAAGAUGAUGAUAUCGCUCAUAUUAGCGAAGGAGAACUGCAUAUUCACCGCUUGCGUCGUGAUGACAACAUCUCCUCUGUCCGAGCUAUCGAGCAUCUCGAGAUUGAGCUCGCCGAGAUUAUGAAAGGCAGAUACGACCACUUCAUGCAGAAGGAGAUCUACGAACAGCCCGAGUCCGUCGUCAACACCAUGCGUGGUCGUGUCAACUUUGACUCGCGAACGAUCAUGUUAGGCGGCCUGAAGGUGUAUCUCCCGGUCAUCAGACGGUGCAGAAGACUCAUCUUUGUGGCAUGUGGGACGAGCUACCAUUCCUGCAUUGCUGCGAGACCAGUGUUCGAGGAAUUGACGGACAUCCCUGUCGCGGUCGAACUGGCUUCUGAUUUUCUGGACCGACGCACUCCUGUUUUCCGAGACGAUGUGGGAAUAUUCGUGUCGCAGUCGGGUGAGACUGCCGACACCAUUUUGGCCAUGAGGUACUGCCUGGAGCGAGGUGCUCUUUGCCUAGGUGUCGUCAACGCUGUCGGAUCGACUCUGUCGCGUGAGACUCACAGUGGUGUUCACAUCAAUGCUGGCCCGGAGAUUGGUGUUGCGUCCACCAAGGCGUACACGUCACAGUAUGUGGCGUUGGUCAUGAUUGCUGUUCAAUUGUCGGACGACUCGAUCAAAAAGACUGCUCGCAGAGAACAGAUUAUUGAUGGCUUGCACGACAUUCCAGAACAAAUCAAAAAGGUGCUUCAUAUGGACAAGGCGUUGCAGCAGUUGGCAAAAGACAUGUUGUCACACGAGAAGAGUCUGUUGAUUAUGGGUCGAGGGUAUCAGUAUGCGACCUGCCUGGAAGGAGCUUUGAAGAUCAAGGAGGUGUCAUACAUGCACAGCGAGGGGAUUCUCGCUGGCGAACUGAAACACGGUCCUCUUGCGCUGGUCGAUGAACAUCUUCCGGUCAUCUUCAUCAUGACUCGUGACUCGCUUUAUCCCAAAGUGCAGUCUGCGCUGGCCCAAGUGAUGGCUCGUAAAGGUCGACCGAUCAUCCUGUGCAACGAAGACGACUUGUCUAUCCCUGAAUCAGCCAAGGUAAUCCGCGUGCCCAAGACGGUUGAUUGUCUGCAAGGACUGAUCAAUGUCAUUCCACUCCAACUGCUCUCUUACCACCUGGCAGUGAUGAACGGCGUCGACGUCGACUUCCCUCGUAACUUGGCCAAAUCAGUGACUACCGAGUGAUCGCUCCUUGGUCAAAAUCCCCAUGUUGUGUCUUUCCACCAGCACCCCAAGAAUCGUCCCCUUUGCAUUUUUGUUUCCGUACAUCGCACGUCUCCCUUUCUCUUGUACUUAAUGGUCAGAGUUUUCAUUGUGUCUAUGUCACGUAUGGUCAUGCU